AUGCAAGAUCUAUAUCGCCCCCUCGACAUUUCCAAGAACGAGAUCCGUCUCCUUUCCUUCGAAGACACCGCCGACAGCGGCACGGUAUCCCUUCUCCUACAACAUGUCUCCUUAAACGACAUGAAACCCGAAUAUACCUCUUUCUAUGACGAGAAUGCCUCGGCUAUGGGCGCCUUCCAGAUUUGCAAAGCCUGGAGCGACCGACACGAAUUCUUGCCCGUUGCACCCAAGCGAGAGAUCCACGAUGCCGUCGCAAGAUUUACCUGGGGUGAUUACAUUUGCUUGAGCUAUACGUGGGGGGACGACGCGGGACAGAGUGCGGCGGUGGUCGUCAACGGCGUUUCCACAGCUGUGAACAAACGUCUCGCAGCCGCGUUGCGAGACGUGCGGGAAAGCCACGAGGGUCAAAUCGGCAUGAAAGUCUGGGUGGACGCCUUGUGCAUCAACCAAGCCGACGUUGCUGACCGGAAUGCCCAUGUGUUGCGUGUGAGGGAUAUAUUCGGCGGGGCUUUCUCGGUGAUGGCCUGGACCAAGGACUCGGAGCAGUGGGACUUGGAGUUUCUGGGGCUGAGUCAGCCUGGGGAACAUCUUGAGCUUUGCAAUGUGGUCCUCAAAUUGUACGGCAAGCGGGCUCUGGAGGAAAUCCUCGGGGUUAAAGAGCGCGGCUGGGGGGUUGACGACGAGCAGUAUGAGGAGGUUAUGGGGCUGGUCCGGAUUCACAAUGUCGAUGUCCUGGUUUUUGACCAGUUCUAUUGGGAAGAUUCUGAUGAUUCUGAUGACCUUGGAUCUGGCAGAAUGCACUUGCGAGACGUACUCGCCAUGGAGCUGAUGCAGCUGUUUCGGAAGAGAUACUGGUCGCGGUUGUGGGUCAUACAAGAGCUGGCAGUUAGCCCUACAACGUCCACGGUGUGCUGGGGCAAGUUAACUUUCGACCUGUCGACGCUACAAGCCGUAUGCGAGAUUCUUCAUGCCCAGUCCAAGACCGAAGAGCGCAUGCAAGAGGAGUUCUGGCAAGAGUUAAAGCCGAGAUUUGAUCUUUUGGCAUUUAUUUCUACAUGGAGAGAACUGGAGGCUGCACCAGCGGACCAAGCCCGCCAACUAUUGGACGCUUCCAUCAAGGAGCUGAAGCAACUCGAACAACACGCGGCUUGCUCACUUCCACAGGACAAAGUUUACGGUUUGCUCGGACUGUUUCCAUUGUCCGUGACGUCCGCCGUGACGAUUGACUACACCCGGGAGUCUGCUGACGUGGUCGGAGAGUUUUUAUCUGCGGUGCCAGAAUGGGAAGCAUCAACCGUGAACUAA